AUGCCAGAGAAAGGCCCAAUGGAGCGGAGAGGCUGGAGCAGUUGGCAGCAGUGGCUGCUGGUGCUGCUGGGCAUCCAGCUGGCCGGUGGCCAGUGCCCAGAGCAGUGCCAGUGCGUGCGCACCGCCCAGGUGGAGUGCUCUGGUGCCGGCAUCAGCACGGUCCCCAGCCCCAUCCCCGGGAACGCCAUGACCCUGCAGAUCAUCAACACGCGCAUCGCCGAGCUGGGCGACGCGUCCUUCGGCAACGCCUCCCUGCUCAUCGGGCUGCGCAUCGAGAAGAACAACCUGUCGCGCAUCAGUCCAAAAAAGCCCCUGCCGCACUUCCGCUACCGCAGCCUGGCCAGCAACAAGCUGCAGGAGCUCCCCGUGCAGGUCUUUGAGCCCCUGGGCAAGCUGGAGUCUCUUCUCCUCUCCAGCAAUCAGAUCUUCCAGGUCGAGCCUUCCCACUUCACCCACCUGAGCAACCUCAAGGAGCUGCAGCUGCACGGGCACAACCUGCAGCUCUUCGUGCACAACAGGAACCUGCAGAAGCUCUACCUGUCCAACAACCUCCUUGUCGCCCUGCCAAGCGGCGUCUUCUUGCCCCUGCACGCCCUUGCCAAGAUCACCCUGCACGUCAACCGCUUGCGGGACAUCUCCCCCGGCGCCUUCGGGCCCAUGCCCAACCUGCGGGAGCUGUGGCUCUACGAGAACGAGCUCUCCACCCUCCCCACUGCCGUCUUCAGCAACCUCACCCAGCUGCAGCUUCUGGUCCUCAGCAAGAACCGGCUGCGCUCAGUGGCACCAGGGGCUUUCCGGGGCUUGGAGGAGCUGCUGGAGCUGUCGCUGCACUCCAACGCCCUGCGCCGCCUGGACCCCCAGGCCCUGGAGGGGCUGCCCAAGCUGCAGAACAUCUCGCUGCACCACAACCAGCUGCAGGCUCUGCCGCGGGGCCUCUUCCGGGCUACACCAAGGCUGCGGCACCUGCAGCUGCAUUCCAACUCCCUGGAGUACCUGCCCGCCGGCAUCUUCUCCCCGCUGGCUGCCCUGCGAGAGGUGAAGCUGCACAACAACUCCUGGCGCUGUGACGAGGGCAUCCUGCCCCUGCGGGGCUGGCUGGAGGACAACCCCCACAAGGUGGGCGAGACCCCCCCGCUCUGUGCUCAGCCCCCUGCCCUGCAGGGCACCCCCAUCGCCGAGCUGCCGCGGGACCAGCUCCUCGUCCCCCA